UUUUUUUUUUUUUUUUUUUUUGAAGAACUUUGGCCUUUGAUUACUAUCUCACUCUCAGACAUGAAGCAUCUUGUCCGGGGGUGUUGCCGCACGCUCAGGUCACCCCAAACUCAUCGAGGGUUUUCGACGGUGAACUCGGCAGAAGCUAUUAAGUCACCAUUUGACGCAGUCGACAUUGAUGACUUCCGAAAAUCGUCAUUCACACCAGGGAAGCCACUUCUGUUUCAACAGUCUUCCAAACCCGGUCAUCAGAGCUCCUUCUCGGCUUCUUCAAAAUGGUUCGCGCAAGACGAGGCCAUCCAAUCUCCAGCCCCUAAUCAGGGACCAGUCACCAAAUUUACUCCCUACCUGGACCGAUUCGCUCACCAUAUGUUCCCAUACGAAUUCAUGAGCCCUCAGACCACCGAAGAAUCUGGAGUUGUAGUGAACACCACAACCCAGUUUCUUGCAUGGCUCGCGUCUGACCCGGAUCCCAUGGGCGCAGUGCUAGCAGGCAUCGUUCACGCAGCAUCCAACCCGAAUGCCUCGGAGCCAAAGUUCUCGUCCUUCGUUGCGCCCCUCCAACUUCUCCUAAAGGCAGCAGAGUUCAACAGCCUGCACGAGAAGAAGAUCAAGCAGCUCUACAUAGCCCAGGCUCAACUCCCAGAUCUGCCUAUAGAACUCCAAGAAGACCUACCCAUCCCACGUAUAGUCUUGGAAGCCGGUAAAGGCGAUGUCUACAACUCGAGCUUAUGGCUCGGGUUGGAACCGACAUAUACUCCGUUACACCGCGACCCGAAUCCUAAUCUGUUUUGCCAGCUUGUCGGCAGCAAAACAGUCCGCCUGUUACCGCCGUCAUCUGGCGAUCGGCUGUAUCGUCAGGUACAGACCCAGCUUCAGCAGUCGGGGAGUAGUCGCAUCAGAUCGACGGAAAUGAUGGAGGGCCGCGAGAGGGUGGCAAUGAACACAGCUAUUUGGGGAUUGGACAGUCAUGAGGAUAUUACAGAGGCCCACUUAAGUCCGGGAAAUGCUCUCUUCAUUCCGAAGGGCUGGUGGCAUAGUGUAAAGAGUGGGCAUCAUGAUGGGAGGUUGAAUGCCUCUGUGAAUUGGUGGUUCAGGUAAUUAUGAGAAGACUAGAGAAAACUAGAAAUGAUGAACAAAAUUCUAGCACAUAAUAGGCUCUUGAUCCUUCAUU